AUACCUGGGUGUUGAACCCACGAUCUCUUGUUCAGUGUUCAGGAAGUGGGCUCUCAAACUAUGGGGAAGAUCCCGCCAUCAUGGAUAGUUGCAUGCGUACAUACAUCCGCCAUUCACAUGUAAGGAAAAAAACAAAUAAUUGCCUCCAGUGCCAGCUUUAUAAGCACCUUAGUCUUCUUCUUCCUUUGCAUUUUAUUCCUACUUUCCGCGUUUUAUUCGGGGAGAGAGAGAGAGAGAGAGUAAUGGCGGAUUCGGAGUCUUUCUUUUGUUCAUACGAAGCAGACGUGGAUUCAGACUGCGAGGGCUCGAGCUCUAGAUCGGGGUCGUGCUUCGAAGCGGAGGAGGAGAUCGACAAUGGCGGAAACGGUGUAGGAUUGGUGAGUGAGGAGAAGAGGAAGGAGGCGAAGAAGAAUACGUUGGAGAAGAAGAAGAGCCAGGUGUUACUCGAGGGUUAUGUCGAGGCGGUGAAUGUCGACGGAGAUCACGACGAUUUGAAGAGGACGAAGAGCUUGACGGAUGACGAUCUCGAGGAGCUGAAAGGUUGCGUGGAUCUAGGGUUUGGGUUCAGCUACGAAGAGAUCCCCGAGCUCUGCAACACUUUACCGGCCCUCGAGCUUUGCUACUCGAUGAGUCAGAAGUUUCUGGAUCACGACCAGAACACAACGACAACGUCGCCGGAGAAGAAGACUCCGGUGCCGGAAUCCUCCGUCAGCCCAAUCGCUAGCUGGAAGAUCUCUAGCCCUGGUGAUAACCCGGAUGAUGUAAAAGCAAGGCUGAAGUACUGGGCACAGGCUGUGGCAUGCACUGUGAGAUUAUGCAGUUGAGAAGAACUUGCAUGGGCGAAAAAUGGAGUGACUGAACAAAAUCUCAGGGAUUCAAGAAAGAAACACAAUGAACUUAUAUCUCAAUGAUGGUCCUGACCAACUGAAUGAAUGAAUUCCCAGGGAAUGUUUCUUGCAGGAGUGAAGUCUCAUGGUCAACCAACUGAGAUAGACCUGCCUGAAACGAUGUUGUAGAUUGGUCGGCUGCAAAGAUGGAUAUGGCAAUAGAAGAUGUACCACAAGAUGUCUUGGCAGAUUUUGCUGAUAUCUACUUCCUGUGAUUGUUCCUAGAUUGAUGUAUUGAAUAAUUUCCAUGGAAAUAAUAAAACUUUAUUUUUGCGAUGA